GCCUACCGCGACAACGGGCGCCUCGCGGUGCAGUCGCCGGAGAUCGCCGCGGCGAUCUUCGAGCGCCUCCGGCCGCUGCUGCCGCACAUCCGCGGCAAGGCGGCGUCGGGCUGCAACCCCAACGUCCGCCUCUACAGAUACGACGCGUCGCAGCGCUUCGGCCGCCACGUCGACGGCGCGCAGCGACUGGACGACGGCUCGGAGACGGAAUUCACGACGCUGUUGUACCUGAACGACGGCUUCGCGGGCGGGCACACGGUCUUCUACGAGUCGCACGCGCCGAACGGCCGGGAACUGCUCCGCGUCGCGCCGCGGCGCGGCGCCGUCUUGCUCCACGCGCACGGCGAGCGGUGCCUCACGCACGAGGGCGCGCGCGUCGACGCGGGGACGAAGUACCUCCUGCGCACGGACGUC